GCAUGAAAGACAGAGGCUAUCACAGGGACCCGCAGCAGUGCUGCAUGAAACUUAAGGAGCUUAGGCAAGCUACCAAAAAACCCAAGAGGCAAACGCCUGCUCGGGGUCAGAGCCCCAGACAUGCCACCUCUAUGAUGAGCUUCAUGCAAUUCUAGGGCGUGCCCCUACCACUGCCCCACCCCUGUACAUGGACUCCUGUAAGGGGGGAGUCUCACGCAAUAGGGAUGAGGAUUUUGGGGAUGAGGAAGAUAGCGCACACCAGGCAAGCGGAGAAACCGUUCUCCACUACAGCCAGGAACUGUCACCCUGGAUCCAAUACCCUCCCAACCCGGGCUCCUGGACCUUGAAGGUUGGAGAAGGCAGCUCUGCUGCAAAUGUUUCAACGCUGCGACUAGCAUCUCCUUCCCAGAGGCUAGUGCAGAUAAGAAGGCAAAAAAACCGCGCUCACGAUGAAAUGUUCUCUGAGCUCAUGCAGUCCACCCAAACUGAAAGAACCCAGCAGAAUGCUUGGAGGCAGACAAUAGCAGAGUCCAGGAAACCACAAAAUGAACACAAGGACAGGAGGCUAGAGCAACAGGAGAGGUGGCAGCAGCGUGAUAAAAGGAGGCAGGAUGCAAUGCUGAGACUACUGGAGGAUAAAACUGAUAUGCUCCGGCGUAAGGUUAAGGUGCAGGAAAGGCGCAGACCGCCACUGCGGCCCCUAUGUAACAAACCGCUCUCCUCCCCAAGUUCCAUAGCCUCCUCACCCAGACGCCCAAGAACGUCGGGGGGAAGCACUCCGGGCACCCAUCCACUCCACCCCAGAGGACUGCCCAAGCAACAGAAGGCUGACAUUCAAUAAGUUUUGAAGUGCAGUGUGGCCUUGUCCUUUCCUCCUCCACCACCUCACCUGGUGCUUCCAUCCUCCCCUACCCCUCCCAGGCUACCUUGGCAGUUAUCCCCUUAUUUGUGUGAUGAAUUAAUAAAGAAUGCAUGAAUGUGAA